CGGGCAGUUCCGUGGCAGCAGGCGACGAACCACAAACGGGCGUUCGUCUGGCCACUGCAAUUUUACCGGAGUGGGGUCAAAAUAAAACCGAGGGGCCGAGUGAAAAAAAGAGACAAGGGCAUCGCCGUCGGCAUUGAGUGAAAUUGAACGAUUCGGAACCUGGAAAUUCAGCGACGCGACAGCAACAACUCUGCCUUUCAUGAGCUGCUCACCACCCUAAUCCGGCACGAUGGACACCGCGCUCGACAUCCUUGAUCCCCUCGUCUUCGACAAGGCCUACGCCUACUUUGUUCCCGCCAGGUCCGUACAGCCAAAUGCUACAGCCCAUGGCGCGCUCGGCCUGGGCCGCUUCAGCUCCGACUUCGCCGCGGCAUCCGGUUCCCACGGCUCAGCAUGGGCACGCGACAACAUCCUGCGCCAAUGCAUCUCGAUCAUGAUCAUCACCCAAAUUGGCGCGACGUCGCUGUACUGGAUCUUCAGCGCGCUGUCGUACUACUUCAUCUUUGACCGGAGGCUGGAGUACCACCCGCGCUUCCUGAAGAACCAGGUCCGGCAGGAGAUCGUAUCGUCCAUGAAGGCGGUGCCCUGGAUCAACGUCCUGACGCUUCCCUUCUUCCUCGCCGAGGUGCGCGGCUAUAGCCUCCUCUACACCGACGUGGACGAGUACGGCUGGGCGUGGAUGGGCAUCUCGACUGUGCUGUUCAUGAUCUGGAACGAUUUCUUGAUCUACUGGAUUCACCGCCUGGAGCACCACCCCAGCGUCUACAAAUACAUCCACAAGCCGCAUCACAAGUGGAUUGUGCCGACGCCAUGGGCCGCGCUGGCCUUCCACCCGGUGGACGGCUGGGUCCAGUCCCUGCCUUACCACGUCUUCGUCUUCGUCUGUCCUGUCCAAAAGUACCUGUACAUGGUGCUCUUUGUUCUGGUGCAGAUCUGGACCAUUCUGAUCCACGACGGCGACAUGAUCACGGGCCAUUGGCUCGAGAAGUACAUCAACAGCCCCGCCCACCACACGCUGCACCACAUCUACUUCACCGUCAACUACGGCCAGUACUUCACCUGGGCCGACAGCUACUUCAAGUCGCACCGCCCGCCCCAGCCCGACCUGGACCCCCUGCACGACGCCUUGAGGGUCAUGCGCGAGAAGGGGCUAGUAGAUGAGAAGGGGCAGCCGAUUCCGGGAGCCAAAGAGAAGGACAAGAAGAAGGAUCAAUGAGCCGGGUUGGCGUGGUCCGGAGAGGGGAGUAGGUGUGGGUGGCUUUGCAUUGAGGAUUUUAACGCUGCAGAUGAGCGAGCGAACAGCGGGUUUGAGUUUCGGGCUGGUUCAAAAAAGCGUUUACGAGAAUGCCUAUGCCUCGAUGAGCGUCACGGAGGUUACGAGUACAU